AUGCGCCGCACUAGAGCUCUACUGAAUGGCAGGACCCGAUUUUGUCAGCGCAGCGACUUUGAAGUUGGCGGAGGCAUCCUGGGUUCGCGGAUUAAACAUGACUGUGAGAUUUUACCGAGGGUUGUCACCAAUCUAAGCCUGAACUUUGCUGACAUGGAAAAUGUCGCCAUCAUCAAGAAAGUAAUACAAACGCACAUACAAUUAUACAAGGUGGCGUUGAAGUGGCUGUCUAAGGCGAAGGAGGUGGACGACUUGAUGCAGCAGACAUGGGAAGCCAUGCAAGAUCUCAAGGACAAGAUUUGUGCGCUCCUCGACUCGGAAAAUGACGGGUUGAGGACGUACGCGGUGAAAUACGUGGAGAUGCUAGUGCUGGUUAAUACAGCCAGGUCUGCGGAUUCGGAGAUCCCUAAGAAUCUGAGGGAUGACAUCAGCUUGGAGAAGAUCCCGAAGGAUCACAUCUUCCUGAAGGCGGAGAAGCUGGAAGGAGAAGGAAACAAUGCCUUCCAGCUGCUACUGGGCUUCAUGGCACAUCCAGCCAUCUCCAGCGUGAACCUGAUGGCAUGCAUGGGAUCACUAACAGCUAUAUCUAGACAGAGACCACACUUCAUGUACCAGGUGAUGCAGGGAUUCGAAUCAUUGCAUGCAAAUUUGCCACCUACCCUCGCAAAGUCACAAGUCAGCAGCGUUAGAAAGACUCUCAAGAUGCAGUUGUUGAUCUUGCUGAAGCAUCCAGCCUCCAUAGACUGCCACGCCCAGAUGACAACGCUGCUAACGGAUCUAGGGGCGACUAACAGUGAGGUGAUGAAGGCAUUGCCAAAGUUUCUUGAGCCGAUAGUGAAGCGAAAGAGAGACGAAGAUUCGGAUGAGAAGAAGAUCAAGCGAGUCAAAGGAUUGGAGGAGAAGAUUAUCGACGACCUCGGCGGUGAGACACCGGCGCCCGCUAAGCAGCCGGAGAAGAAACCAAAGGUGGUGGAGAAGAGUGUCAUCGAGUUGACGACGGAAGACCUGAUACCGAGGCUGACGGUGGCCAACGUAGCAGACCUAGUGCUGCUGAGCAUGGUGACACUCCCGGACCUGAUGCCGGCGCAGUUCCAGGCAACGUACACACCGAUUGCAGCGGCGGGCACCGAGGCACAGAUACAUCACGUCGCGCGUCUACUGGGCACGCAGCUCGUACACGCGGGCUACGGGGUCGGACAGACGCAGCCUGCGGUCGUUAGGCUUCUUAACGAAGCGUCUCUGUUACGACUAGACAGCCAGAGGGUCACAAAUCUGAAGCAGGUGCAAGAGCUUAUAAUAAAAAAAGAUGCAAAUCUCCUGGAUAAUUUCUUGGAUGAAAUGCUUUCAUUUCAACACGAUAAGUCGCUAGAGGUGAAGAAAACUGUGAUCAACUUUAUUGAGGAAGCUUGCAUCAUGGUAGGAAAAGCCAUCCUCGUGCCGAAAUUGAGUCACAAGGAUUCGGAGAUCCCCAAGAAUCUGAGGGAUGACAUCAGCUUGGAGAAGAUCCUGAAGGAUGCAUCAUCUUCCUGA